GUUAGACGCCUCUUGCAAGAGAAAGAGACGGCCUCUGCCUCCUCCGCCUGCUCUUGCGGCCUCUACCUCCUCCGCCUGCUCAUGCUCCGGCCUCCUCCUCCUCCUGCUGCUUCGCUUGGCUUCGCCCCCCAUGGUUCGUUCGGGUAUUCAACGUCCGUCUCUCUCUCAAGCCAAGAAAUUUGCUUUCCCUAAUAUUCAAACCCAGAUGAACCUCUAAACUCCAUCCCACACACUUUCCCUUUCUUCUCGAUGAAACCUCUCAGCCGCAGGCUCUUCCCCUGCGUCUCCCCUCUUCUUCUUCAACUUUUUCCCCUAUCCUCUCGGUGAAACAUCUCAGCCGCAGGCUCUUCCCCUGCGUCUCCCCUGUUCUUCUGCAACUGCCAUGCAACCCGUCUCCCUCCGAGCUCCCGCUCUUCUUCAAGCCUUGACCUGCGGAAAGAAGGUGGUCAUCGACGUCCCUGACCUGCGGAAAGAAGGUGGUCCAGCCCUAAUCGCUGGUGGGUGUUCUCAUAUGAGGUCGUUUCUGAAACAUCUAUGUUAACCGGUUCUCUCUCUCUCUGGCUAAGGCUCUGGGUCUGCCAUGGCCGACGCAGCUCUUUUGCGUACUUGCUUGGUCACCCAGUACUUGGCUACUCUUUGGACAUUGGUAAAGAACAUGCGAAUCUGAUAGAUGAAAGGCUGCAGAAAUUAAUUUACAGUGGUCAGCUUGAUGAAAAGGAGCUAGACAGUUAGAACUUGCACUCGUUACCUUCUCUCACUUUAUUUGGAUUUUGUCUUCACUGAAAGGCAAGGUGUUUUUCCGCUUUAAGCCAUCCUAACACCAGCUAUUGGCAAUGGGGAAGAAUGAAUUUCUCACGCCUAAAGCGAUUGCCAAUAGAAUUAAGGCAAAGGGACUGCAGAAACUUCGGUGGUACUGUCAAAUGUGCCAGAAGCAAUGCCGGGAUGAGAAUGGGUUCAAGUGCCACUGUAUGAGCGAGAGCCACCAGCGCCAAAUGCAGGUCUUUGGGCAGAAUCCUCACCGGAUUAUUGGUGGUUACUCUGAGGAGUUCGAGCAGGCAUUCAUGGAACAUAUGAAGCGGAGUCACCGUUUCAGCCGGGUGGCUGCCACGGUUGUUUAUAAUGAAUACAUUUCUGAUCGGCAUCACAUUCACAUGAACUCCACACAAUGGGCUACCCUGACUGAAUUUGUCAAGUACCUGGGGCGUACUGGGAAAUGCAAAGUGGAAGAGACCCCUAAAGGUUGGUUUAUGACAUAUAUAGAUCGAGAAUCAGAGGAAUAUUUCAAGGAGAAGCAGAAAAACAAAAGGUUGAAAUCAGAUGCUGUUGAAGAAGAAAAACAGGAGAAGGCCAUAGCUAAACAGAUAGAAAGGGCAGAGCAGUUGAUGCCCAAAACCGAUGACAACUCUUUGCCUGUUGAGCCCGUGAAAUUAGAGCAAGCGGGUAAGGUUGUAUUUUCGUUGGGUUCUUCAAAGUCAGGAGCUACUGAGCAGGCUGAAAGUUCACAGCCAUCAAGCAGCAUAUUAGUCCCUGCUUUUGGUGAUCAAGAAGAUGACAAACAACCAAAAAAGGUGAAAACAGGUGGUAUCUCUGCUCUGGAUGAAUUGAUGAAAGAGCAGGAAAGCGUGAAGGAGAGGAGCAAUAGGAAAGACUAUUGGCUAUCUGAAGGAAUUGUGGUAAAGAUCAUGAGUAAGGCACUGGCAGAAAAGGGUUAUUACAAACAAAAAGGGAUUGUACAGAAGGUGAUAGAUAAGUAUGUUGGAGAGAUCAAAAUGAUUGACAAUGGGCACCUACUAAGAGUGGACCAGCAGGAGCUGGAAACUGUGAUUCCUCAAAUUGGUGGUUUGGUACGAAUUGUGAAUGGUGCAUAUCGUGGAUCAAAUGCAAGAUUGCUUGCAAUUGACACUGCAAACUACUGUGCCAAAGUUCAAAUAGAGAAGGGAAUCUAUGAUGGAAGGAUUCUACAAGCAAUUGAUUAUGAAGAUAUUUGUAAAAUUAUGCAGUAGUAUGUUUAGAUUGUAUGUGAUUUCAUUCCUGAAGAGCACAAAUUGGGUGCUCAGGUGGAUGUAUCAUGUUCAAUUUUAACCUGAGAAGGCUGGGCUGCUUCCAUAUUUUGCCUUCAUAAUGUUGGUAUUUCCUAUUCUGUUUCAUCGUUUUUGAUAUGUGGAGUAUACUGUUGCACUAGUUCACCCUUCAUGGACAUUUCUAUUUUGAAUUUGACUGCUUCAAGCUACUGGAGGUUACAGUAACCUCGCCAAUCUGUAUAUCAUGAUGAUUAUGGUAAUUCCAUGGUGAUGACUAGCAUACAUAGCUAAUUGUCAGUUCAUGCAAA